AUGCCAAUAGGUCAUGUUCCCACCAGCAUCCCAGGUCCAGGACUCCCUUUAUACUUCCAGGUGAAAGGUCACAGGAGUGACACUGAUCAGAUCAUCUCUGUGACUCAGCCCAUCAACAGUGACUGCAGUGCUGGAGCAUUAGAACAGCCCAGCAACAGUGACUGCAGUACUGGAGCACUAGAACAGCCCAGCAACAGUGACUGCAGUGCUGGAGCACUAGAACAGCCCAGCAACAGUGACUGCAGUGCUGGAGCCAGCAGCAACAGUGACUGCAGUGCUGGAGCACUAGAACAGCCCAGCAACAGUGACUGCAGUGCUGGAGCACUAGAACAGCCCAGCAACAGUGACUGCAGUGCCGGAGCACUAGAACAGCCCAGCAACAGUGACUGCAGUGCCGGAGCACUAGAACAGCCCAGCAACAGUGACUGCAGUGCUGGAGCACUAGAACAGCCCAGCAACAGUGACUGCAGUGCUGGAGCACUAGAACAGCCCAGCAACAGUGACUGCAGUGCUGGAGCACUAGAACAGCCCAGCAACAGUGACUGCAGUGCUGGAGCACUAGAACAGCCCAGCAACAGUGACUGCAGUGCUGGAGCACUAGAACAGCCCAGCAACAGUGACUGCAGUGCUGGAGCACUAGAACAGCCCAGCAACAGUGACUGCAGUGCUGGAGCACUAGAACAGCCUACAACAGUGGUUUGA